UUUCGGAACGCAGCCCGAGCCAGGUCUGCAACACGGAGAGAGAGAGAGAGAAACGUUUCAACAUAUUUCCUUUGUCAAAUUGAUAAUUGGCAGCGAACACAUAUUUUUGUUUGGCGGAGACAAUGCAUUGUAUUAAAUCAUGAAAUUCUACAAGAAUCCUUCAUGCACCCCACUGGAAAUGCUGAAAUUAAACAUUAAAAGUGAUGGAGUGGUUGAUGUAAAAACAUUGAAUGCAAAGUGGACAGAAAAGCGUUAUUUUUUACAUUAUGAAGCACCAGAGAUAUAUAAAGAAGAUGGUUCAGAAAUUGUGGGUUAUAAGGAAUAUUGGAUAGAACUUGUUAACUAUAUUAUUGAAGAUUUAAUCUGGCUACUGAAUCUUCCAUUUUAUCGAUUCUGGUCUAAUAUUAUAUAUAAUACUUCAAUUAUAGAUACAUUAGUAUCUUUUUUACAAGAAGCCCCACCCUUUUAUGCAUUAGAAACUUUUCCUGCUAUACCAGAAAUGCUUGAAGCAUUAGAAAAGCUUCGUUACAAUGUACUUAUGGUCUUUGUUCGUCUUGUCACAAACGAAGAAAGUUUAACAGAACAUAUGCAAUACUCUUACAUGGGAAAUUUAUUAUAUAACAAUUACAUCUUUACAGUACCUAUUAUAUUUGAUUUAUGUCAACUAUAUGGUAGAGAAAAUAACAAACUUAUAGAAAAAAUUUUACAUAACAUAUUUAAUAUGCAGCCAUUGUACAAUGAUGAUCUAGAGAAGUCUGUGCCAUGCCUUAUAAAGGCUCUCAAAAAUGUGGAACAAAAAUUUGAAGAUUGCCCAACUGAUGCAAUAGAAGCAGUGGCACUCUCAGGGAAAGGAUGUGCUGCUAAAAUGACAUUGCAUAAAUUGGAGGGAUUAAUAUUGUAUAUUUUGGAUUUGUCAUCAACUCUCACCAUAUUUUUGAAACGUUAUCCUCCAAUAAUUGACGUAUUUCAUAGGGAAGAUUUUAUGAACAAAACUGUGAAAGAAAUGACCUGCCCUUUCAUAUAAAAGUAUAUUGAUAAUAUAGUAAAUGAAAUAUUUUCCUAUAAGGUUUUGCCUUCAGGAAAAUUUUUGUUUUCUUUUCUUUUCAUAAAUAAAUUUUGAAUAUUCACUGAAUACACGUAUAAUUUACGUGUGUUGGAUGAGUCUAUAUUGUCAAAAUAACAAUAUUUAAAUUAGGUCAAUAAAAUUCAAACGUUAGAUACUAUUAAGCGAUAAAUAUGAAAAAAAUUGAAGAAUAACUUCUAAUUUGUAGAAUAUUAAUGCUUGAAAUACAAUGUGUGUAAUACUAUAAAGUCUCGAUUCACAAUAAAUGAUGUCUUUAGCUUUGUGUUCUAAACCCGAAACUGUUGCUAAUUUGUGACAAAAGACGUUUCCCACAUUACUAGACAUUACAGUUCCUAAGUUUUAAGUUAUUAUAAUUUCUGGUAGCAUGGAAUGGCCGCCUUUUGCUAAAAAUUGCGUUAUUGUUUCGGACUUAGAGCAAAAAGCUAAAAGUUUACCUCAUGCAAUAUGUUAAGGCCUUAAAGUUUCUGGCUAGUCGCUGUGACUGUCCUUGUUUAAUGACGUCAGAAGCGAGAAAACUCAUGUCAAGAUUUCGUCCGUUAUACUUUUAAUUAAAAAGAUAUAUCCACAAAGUGACAUUAGUGAUCGAUUUAGUACACUUGAAAAAUUCCGAACAUUUUUUUUGCUCGAACAAUCAAUAAAUAAUCGCAAAAUUAACUUGAUAUGGAACUUUCCGUUUUAAUCUCUUUUCUCAAAAUUAUGUCAAUCUUAAUUUUGCGACUAUUUAUUGAUUGUUCGAGCAAAAGGAAAGUAUUCGGACAAUUUUACAAGUGUGCUAAAUCGUCCAUCAAUGCCAUUUUGUGGAUAUAUCUUUUCAAUUAAAAAUAUAACGGACGAAAUCUUGACAUGCGUUUUCUCGCUUCUAAAGUCAUUAAACAAGGACAGUCACAACGACUAGCCAGGAGCCUUAUGCUCAUAACAGAUGUAACAAACUUGUAGCUUGCUCUAAAUUCAAAACUGAUGUAAUUUUUAACUAAAAACAUUUUCUGUUAUGCCGAAAUCAUAAUUUCUAAAGUAAGCUGACCAGAUUACAGUUGUUAAAUUAGCGCACAAAAUGUUUUUUGCCAGAAAAUAUAGGCCUUAAAGCAAAAAGCUAAAACCUUAUUAUAUUUGUUGUGGAUCAGAUUUAAUGUUCUUCCAUAUUUCAUAUUUUUCUUGAUUUUUUUAAAUAUUUAGCACAAUAUUUAGCGUUUGAUUGUGUAUCUCACAGCUUUAUAAAUGAUAAUAGAAUUAUUGUCUAUACAUUUAUUUAUUUCCCUAUAAAUUACUAUUUCUAUUCAUACUUAUGUUUAUAAAUACAAUGAUAUUAAGACAAUUAAUUUCUAUCAUUUCUACAAUCUUAUUUAUCCGAACUAUUCAUCUUUAUUAAACUAUCAUAAUGUCAAAAUACAUUAAUAGAGAAUACUCUGAUAUAAUUCUUUUUUUAUAUUUGGUAAAUCUCCAAAGAUAAAUCUUUAGUUUGUGAUUACAGGCAACAAUUUCUUUAUCAAAUCAUUCCGACAUCAUUUACAAAUACAAAUAUGAAUAAAAAUAGUGAUUUAUGAAACAAUAAAUGUAAGUUGAUUCAAACAGAGCGAGUAUAGAAACAUAUUCAGUAAAUAUUAAACGUUUAUUUUCUUAAAAACAAAGUUUUUUAUGAAAUUUUCCUUUUUAAAUUCCUUACUUAUUUUUGCACAAGAAAUCACUUCUUUUAUGUGAUUGGACUCUAUAUGUUCAUUUGCCCAGACUUUCCUCCGCAUUUUUUGUGGAAACGUGAAAUAGAUUGAGGUGAACAUAAAAGUUCUAUACCGAUUUGCGAUAUUCGCAGUAAUAGUUGAGGAAUUAAUCGUAAAAGAUUAAGGAAAAACGCAUGCUGAAUUGUAGAGAAAGAAGCGCUCGAGCCGCAGCGCGGCUCAGUAAUAUAGCGCGUGGUGAUUGGAAGAACAAUGCGCCACUGCCUGUGUUUAUAUCGCUACGCUCCUACGUCUUACUUCAGCGCGGUACGGCAAGACUUUACAGCGCAGCGAUAUAAGCAUAGGUAAUAGUGCGUUUUUCUUUCAACCGCCGCAGUGUGAUGACAGGUCCGGAAACCAGACAUCGAUAUCUAAAAUAAAAUUUGUAAAAUGUUUUGAUACAUGUUUAGCGAAUUCUCAUGUUAAAACUAAAUGAAAACAAUAUGACUUUUACAAUAUAUAAAAUAACAUUUAAACUUGACGUUAAAAUUAUCGUCAUGUUGAAAAAUUAUGUCGUUAUGCAUAAUACAUAUAUUUAACAAUAGAAUUUAUUUAGUAGAUAUCUAAAGUUUUAAGCUACCCAAAAGUUCACGGUCCAAAACAAACCAGAAAUUGCAAUACGCUAAUAGAUAGCGUAUCUAGUUUUCUGAAAUCUCCUAUUAUACUCUAGGUGCCUCUAUCAUGACAAAAAUAGGAUUGAAAGUUAUAAGAACACGGUAAAACAUUAACUUAUUAAAGCCUAUAGCUAGACAAUUAAGAUUAACAAAAAUUCAAUAAUUGGAAAUAGAACCGGAGCAUGUAAAAAUAAAUUUUUCUCAAUAAAUUAUCAUGUAUAGUAAAAUAUUUUUUGUUGCAUAAAUGGAGAACAAUGUAACAAAUAGUUACAUAUAUACAUAAAUGUUUCUUUGGUAUUUUUCGAUAAGAUCGAUUGGCGCAAUCAGUUAUGUUCUAUAGCCAAUAUUUAGUAAUUUGUUUCUAACAAUUUAUUGUAAAAUUUAUUUUUGCAACGUACUUUUUAUGUUCGUAAUGGUUUUCUUAUAUUUGAAUCCAUUUUAUUUAUUGCUUUUGCUAAUCUUAUUGUUCUAACCAUGGAUUGGAGCAAGUUGUAAUCAGCCAUAACAUUUAUUUUUUUUGCAUAAACGAAGAACGAUAUGACAAAAAGUCAUAUGUUUCUUUUGUAUUUUUUUCCGUAGGAUCGAUUGACGUAAUCAGUUUUAUUCUACAGUUAAUACUUAUUAAUUUGUUUAUAACAAUUUAUUGCAAAAUUGAUUUUUGCAAUUUGUUUAUAACAAUUUAUUGCAAAAUUGAUUUUUGCAAUGUGUUUUUAUGUCCAAGGUACUUUUUCAUGCUUCGAUUCUAUUUCCAAUUAUUUUUGUUAAUCAAAAAACACGGACGUGUUUUGAGCGCCGAGUUUUAAGCGCAAAAGCAGGGCCCGCAAAGGACCUGCAAGUGUUUACGUCCCUGAUCUGAACGGCCAUGUUAUCUUACGUGAACCAACUAGUUGAGCGGAGGCAAGAUUAUGUAUUCCGCUAUAACUACAAAACCGAUGCAUUUCUGAGUAGUCUCGAUUCUUCGGGGUUAUAUUACUUAAUAAAACUCUACUUUUGCUCUUUGUGUCUUCUAAAAUCUAGAUUUCUAGUUUAAAAUCGGAAAUAGCCAGAUUAUAUUACAUGAUCACGAAUUGUCAGAAAAUUGUGCACCUGAACCUUGUUCCGUGGAGUGGCGCUACAAGAGGAAUUGUGUAUCUGAAUCUUAUUCCGUGGGAUGGCGUAACAAAAGAGAUAAACUAUCGGUUGAUAGAUCGAUAUACAGGAUAUACAGGGAUAUCACACUAUCCGUGCUACUUCUUUUAUUCGGCAACCGAGUGUCAUACGGAGAUGAACAAAAAAUUGUUAUAAGAAACCUUAUUCAUAGAAUCAAUUGGUGCUACUAUGAUUUUCUGGAAAAUGGAAAUGAUCGAAAAAAACCGAAGAAAACUUCAAAAUUUUAAAUAGGAACAUGUAUAGAAUGUGAUAUCACUCAAUAGAUCUCUUCAAAAUAAACAACUUUUAUUAGAAACAUUUUUUUGUUAUUUCAACUAUUAACUGAAGAAAAUUAAAAAAAUAAAAAUUUCAAAUACGUUAACACGUUUCACAUUUUCACGUUAUAUAUUUGAUCUGAAAAACAAGGGCUAAUAAAAGGAUUGAAACACGUGUUAACAUAUUUGAAAUAUUUGUUUCUUUUAUUUUUCUUGGUUGAAAUAACAAAAAAUGUUUCUAACGAAAGUUGUUUAUUUUGAAGAGACCUAUUGAGUGAUAUCACAUUCGAUAUAUGUUCCUAUUUAAAAUUUUGAAGUUUUCUUCGGUUUCGGUCACUUCCAAUUUUUUCCGGAAAAUCGUAGUAGCACCAAUUGAUUUUAUGGAUAAGAUUUCCUAUAAAAAUUUUUUGUUCAUCUUUGUACGACACUCGGUUGCCGAAUAAAGGAGGUGGCACGAAUGAUCUGAUACACCCUAUAUAAUGCCAAUGAGAAGUAGUGAUUCGAGCCCGCACACGCAAGAACUUUUCUCCCUCCACUUACGCGCACAGACUGUUUUGUCUAUUCAUGUGAUGACGAUCGUCACAUGGAUAGGCAGAACGCUCUAUAUGCAUAAGUGAAGGGGGAAAAAUGCUUUUGUGCGCGGUCUUGAAAUCGCAACGUUGAUGAGAAAAUAGGAAUUCGAGAGUUAUAUGUUGACAUAAAGCACGACAGAGAAAAAUAUAAUACGUAAGUCGUGAAUGAAAGGCUAUUAUUGUAUGGACGCGAUUAUGUAUACGUUUCUCUUUGAUUAGUUUAUAUCUAUUGUCAUGUUCAAUAUAGCCCUUGUACAAAAAUGAGCGAUAUUCUAAAAAACUUACCUUUUAAAAAAAGGUAAAAACAGCGCCGAGUUUUUGCGCUCCUUACAAAAAACUAAUGUAAAAUAAUCAGUAUAAAAAAUUAUAUUAAGGGGGGACGCUUACCUAGAAGACUAAGAAAUAUAGGUCUUUUUAAGAAUUUUUUUUAAACAACUAAUAGGUUGUUGUAAAUAAGAAAUAGCCCAUUGCAAAAUAUAUAUUUUCAAGUCUUUACAGUAUUUUUUUUAUUAAGAAAUAAUGAAAAAUAAGUGUGAUAUAAGCUAUGCUGCGAACGUUCUUUUUUUGCGGUGACCACUCUAGCUCCAAGCAGGAUUAUCUGAAAUGAAAAACACGAAAAUUUUUACAUUAUAUAUUAGAUUAUCUAAAACCUAACGAGGCAGAUUUUUGAAAAAUUGAUUUUGAACAAAAUGGCGGAGAUGUAAACUUGAAAUAUUGUUUCCUGGCUAAAAAAUCGCUUGUUUUUCGUGUAUAAAAAAAUAAGUAAACAAAAAAAAAGAAAAACCUUCCGUUGGAUUUUAGAUUUUUAUCUUUUAAAUAAGUCUACAAAGAUAGAGGGAAAUCGGUCGACUGGUCUUUUAGUUAUGUUACUGAUAUUGAAAAUGUGAUUUCGAGAAAAACGCAUUUAAAGUUGUAUGUCAUAUUUACAUUUAAAUAACAAAUUAAUUUUUUAACUUACAUGGAAUC